GAAAAUACUCUCUCAAGUGCGGUUGACAUGGUUUUUAACAAAAGUGUUGUGAAGGUCAAACGCUAUAAUCGUCAAAUCUCAUUCUAAGCUUUUUGAUCGCUUCUUGGUCGAAAAGUUCUGUUUUAUUUCGGGCAAGAAGGGUUCUGUGGUUUUCAUUCAAACCCAAGGCCGUGACCCCGCAAAGAACGAAGAAGACCCAAGAGGACCGGGCAUUGUCGUCAACACAUGAGCCGCAUAGGAAGUUGGCAGCACAGCGCGACAAAGGAAGUAGCUGAGCUGACAGAGCAAUAUACAUUUAUCAAUGUAAAAAGGACAUUCAGGUCCUACAAGAACUAGAGUAGGUCACUUUUCACGGGAGGAGCAAACGUGAAUGUAGAACAAUUCAAUCAUGGGUAUAAACAGAACUACAUUUUCAAUAGAUAUAUUUAUAAAGUCACUCAUCAUUCUCUCCUGGUUAUGCAUAAUUCACUCAUACACGGGUAAACAAAGUGAAUCACAAAAAGAUUUUACUUGGAAACCAGAAGCCUGGCGAUCUUGCCACAAAGGAAAAUCAUGCGAAGAUCCAGGGAUUCGUCGACGAUCGCUUGCAUGUGUAAACAGAAAGGGAGAGAAAACAUCGCAUAAAAAUUGUGAUCGUAAAACUCGACCAAGGAGAAGGGAAUCGUGUGUUGCCGUAGCGUGCAAAAAUCAUACAAGUUUCAAAUUGGAGAUUUUCCCCUGGAAAUCUUGCAAUUCAGAACCUUUGCUAAAUUAUGACUUACCCAACCUUAUGAGUAAAAACUCGACCAUUGAAAUUCGAAACACGAUUAAUCAGUCGGUGCAGGAUUACAUCUACAUGGGACAUGAAAGUAACUGGAAAAGAAGUUUAAUCGGAUCUUGUGGCUCCCUCGAAAAUGCUGUAAUCUACGUCAAAAGAAGAAAUGUGUCUUGUUAUGCACACUGGCCUCGAAAAAAUAUCAGAAUCAAGACGAAAGUGGAAGACUGCUUGAAUCACUCGAGAAAUAAGCCAAAAACAAUCCAGCUGUGUUCUUUUGGGUGUAAGCAAAAAUGCUCUGUUAGUCUAUGGUCCAAAUGGGAAGUUUCUCCGCUUCUACCUCCGGAUCAGAAAUUUCGAAGACGUCAGAUUACGUAUUAUCCAUACUUUGAUGAUAAUUUGGAGGUCUGCGCCGGAUUGAUCGAAUUUGGUAGUGGUGAACAGCCUGCAAUUUGGGAGGGGAAACGCAUACAACCCGAAGUUUCUGCUUGGAGUAAAUGCGAAAAAAAUAAUACCGGUACAGAUAAUAGCAAUUCCCCUUUCCCGGUUGUUGGCAUUCGUACACGAAAAGUAUCAUGUGUUGCCUCAAAUGGAAUGCGUGUGAGGUGUAAUAAAACCGAAUCGGGCCAAAUUCCCGCAUACCAAGCAUGUAUUCUCUCAAGGGAUUGUAGGGUAACACAGUGGAGUAGAUGGUCUAGCUGCUACGCCGUUUUUUCAAAAAAGAUCGGAAUAGAAAGAGAGGGGAGUAAUGCUGUAUUUUAUCAAAGGCAUAGGAUACGAUAUAUCGUCGUAACACAACUGCCCAAAGGAAAGGUAUGUCCACGCUUAAAGGAACAAAAACGUUGCGAGCUGUCCGGUUCGUCGGUGCUCGAAACCAAGUAUCGAAAUGCUUCAUUUGCUAACAAUAGUUAUCAGUGGUUUGCAGGUGAAUUUGGAUCGUGUCAGCCCGAUAAGAAGGAUUGCAGGAGUGGCAUUAAAACCAGAAGUGUGUUUUGCAUAAGGCAGGGCGAUGCCAAAUUUAAUCCUGUGGGUUCGCAAUUUUGUGCUCAUUUGAAUAAGCCAGAGGGCAAAGUUUUCUGUAGGAAUCCAUGUAAAGAGACAUGCGCACUGGGAGAAUGGAAUUCGUGGAGUGGUUGCAUGGCUGAUUGUCGGGGUGACGUAACGGGUACAGUGAGGGGAACUCAUUAUAGGGUUCGCAGAGUUAUCCAAUAUUCUGGAGAUCCAAGAUCUUGUGAAGAUUAUGCUGAAAGCCGUCCUUGUACUCUAACAAACUGUGUAUCCUGGGUGGCAGGCACACAGACAAUUUGCCUUUUAGAUGAUAUCCACCGUGCUUGUGGCAAUGGAAAGACACAUCGUGCUGUUUAUUGUAUGAAUGCAAAAGGGCAACAAGUAGAUGAAAGUUUGUGUCAAGAAGACAGGCCAUCUAGGAGUUUACCGUGCCAUGUCCCCUGCUCUGAUGACUGCGUUGUUGGAAUAUGGAGUGAAUGGGGCCCGUGCGAAGGCGAGUGCGGGAAAAACGGGACACAGGGAGAAAGCUAUCGAAUAAGAAAACGUAGUGUUCUGGCCUAUCCUGGUUGGAGUGGAAGACCGUGUCCUGAUGGUAAAGAUAUGAUAGAGCAGCAAUCCUGUCUUGGAGAAAACUGUGGCACUUAUCGCUGGACGGUUGACGAAUGGAGUGUAUGCACUGUAAAACAGGCUAGGUUCGGAACACGAAUUAUCAAAGACAGCAAAAAACGGUUGUGCAUGAUUGGAAAACGUUCAAGAAAUGUAACAUGCAUCGAUAACGCAGGCGGAAAAGUAAGGGACUACUUGUGUAGCAUCUUUUUAAAACCACAAGAAGAAAAGGAGUGCCGCCUUUGCAUCGAAGAUUGCGUUUUAAGUCCAUGGUCAGAAUGGAGUUCUUGUCCAACUGAAUGUGGACAGGGACAAAACAAAGUCCAACCGUUUCGCAAAAGGGAGCGAUUCAUAAUAAGAGAAGGCCAAGGAGGAGGAAAACUUUGCCCAAAUGUUGAAGCACUAACACAGGUUGAAAAAUGCAGAUCUUGCGACGAUUAUCACUGGUAUCUCGAUGGAUGGUCACACUGUAUUACUGCUCCAGCUGAUGACUGUAUUGGUAUGAGAACGAGGCGUGUUUUUUGCAAAAAGAGGUCAAGCUCAAAGGUAGAGCCAGAUGGGUUUUGCUUGUUAAAGGGACGAAAACCACGAGAAAUUUCGACCUGUGCAAAGAAUUGUGGCAACCGUUGCAUUCUACCUGAAUGGUCAAGAUGGGGAGGUUGUAACAAAGAGUGUGGAACUGGGUAUUCAAGGCGAACACGGAAUGUGUUUGGAAACAGCAUUAGUUGCGACCCAAACAUGACGUUAAGCGAGGAGAGAAGAUGUAAUACACAUCCAUGUGGACAAUACUCCCUGCGAAGUGGUGCCUGGAGUCGAUGUUAUUCCAAAGAUAUAAAAAGAGGCUGUGGGGCUGGCCAGCAAUGGAGAAACAUCACUUGUUUCAAAAUAAGUGGUCCUCAAGUGCCGUUACAAUAUUGUAUCGAAGAACUCUAUGGUGGGAAAAUGACUCUGAAUUUCGAGAGGGAAUGCGAUGUCACUUGCCCUUUUGAUUGCAAGCUGUCAUCCUGGUCAGCGUACACACCCUGUUCCAGGAAAUGUGGAUCUGGGGUCAAGACGAGGUUCAGGACUAUAGUGCAAGAGGCCACUCAUGGUGGGCAAAUGUGUGCAGUUGCCAACGGCGAAAAGCAGAUUUCAGAGACUGUUCCUUGCCUGGAGAGGCAGUGUUUUAACUUUGUGUGGAAGGCUGAUCCGUGGGAAACAUGCCAAAUAACAAACCAAACCAGAAGUCGUGUAACACAGUGCGGCACAGGCUUUCACACCCGGAAAGUGUACUGUACUGAUAGCCGCUUCUCUGGCCGUCGUGCUCGUGUGAACGACUCUUUCUGUGAUGCAAAAGAAAAGCCAGCAACCAAAGACUCGUGCCUCAUGUACUGCCCGGGGGAUUGCGUCGUUGGGCAAUGGACAUCUUGGUCGCGUUCUCAAAGAAAUGCUUUGACGAGGGAAUGCGAUGUCACUUGCCCUUUUGAUUGCAAGCUGUCAUCCUGGUCAGCGUACACGCCCUGUUCCAGGAAAUGUGGAUCUGGGGUCAAGACGAGGUUCAGGACUAUAGUGCAAGAGGCCACUCAUGGUGGGCAAAUGUGUGCAGUUGCCAACGGCGAAAAGCAGAUUUCAGAGACUGUUCCUUGCCUGGAGAGGCAGUGUUUUAACUUUGUGUGGAAGGCUGAUCCGUGGGAAACAUGCCAAAUAACAAACCAAACCAGAAGUCGUGUAACACAGUGCGGCACAGGCUUUCACACCCGGAAAGUGUACUGUACUGAUAGCCGCUUCUCUGGCCGUCGUGCUCGUGUGAACGACUCUUUCUGUGAUGCAAAAGAAAAGCCAGCAACCAAAGACUCGUGCCUUAUGUACUGCCCGGGGGAUUGCGUCGUCGGGCAAUGGACGUCUUGGUCGCGCUGUUCAUCGACUUGCCCGAGACCAGGCCAUCGCAGACGAGAACGCACUGUCCUGCGAUAUCCGGCACAUGAUGGGAAAAAUUGCCCUGUGCUGGAACGCUACGAGCCCUGUAAUUUAAAAAAUUGCUACACGCAUCUUUGGAGGACAACUCAGUGGAGCAGCUGCAUAUUCUACACAGAUGACGCUUCAUGCGGUGUAGGCACACAAAGGCGAAUGGCUGAUUGCGUACGAAGUGAUGGAAAAAUAGUCCACUCUUUCUAUUGCCGCGUGGAAGGUAGACGUGUUCCAAUAUUACUACGUAUGUGCACAGUCCCUUGCCCGCGAAACUGUGAAUUGUCUGAAUGGGGAAUUUGGUCCAGUUGUCCGGAAGAAUGUAAUGGUAUGGCUGUUCAAAGAAGGACCAGAUUCACUCUAGCACAGGCUGAACAUGAAGGACAAUCAUGCUUGGAAAGUGACUCAUUACAAGAAUUUCGGUCCUGUCCUAUGAAGCCGUGUUUCACUGUGCAUGUCGGGGAAUGGGGCGAUUGCAUUCCUAAUGGUGAUAACAACUGCGGUUAUGGAACAAUGAAACGAGAAGUGAGCUGCACGAGAGACGAUGGGAGACUGGUCGAUGAUUCCAAUUGCUUGCAACUAACUACAGGUUCCAUUCCGAAAGAAGACAUAUGCAGAAUUCCAUGCAAUGGUGAUUGCGUGACAGCUCAGUGGUCAGGCUGGAGUUCUUGUUUCGGGCUCUGUACGGUCAAAAACGAAUCAAUAUUCAGUUAUGGGGUACAAAUACGUACUAGACAUAUUUUACGACAACCUACCGAAUAUGGGAUACGGUGUCCUCGUGACUUGGUGCUAAGGGAGAAAUGUGACAAACCAUUGUGUUUCACAUUUUCUUGGAAGACAGGGCCAUAUAUUGGAAAGAAAAGGGACGUUUGGUGUGAACGAUCUGAUGGCCUAAAUGUCAGCAAUGGAUGCGAUUUGGCGUAUAAGCCUUCGACAACGCAGUUAUGUCAGCCAAAGUGUCAAGUGACUCAUUCGUUUUGUAACUCAAAGAAAAUUUGCGUUUGCAAGAAACAUUACAUUCCAAUCCUGAGCAGCCAUGGUCACUUGAUACACUGUUUGUCUGACUCAAAUACCUUCAGAAAUAGAACGAAAGAUAAUGAUGUCACCACAAAUAAGUCUUCUAGUGGAGGAAAGGAUAGUUCGUGGUUUGGUGAUCUGCCAAUAAUCAUAUGGAUUGUCAUCGGCGUCUGUUUUGUUUACUUCUUGCUAUUUUUGGCCAUCGUCAUAGUGUACACAAGGCGGCGUAAGAGUGGACCGAGAGUUCGACGAGCAAGCACAGCAGAUGUUGGCACCCUGACUAACCCAGAAAGAAUACCGUUAACCGAGCAUAAGACUGGACACCACAGAACUGACAGCAAGAUGAGUUUUGCGACCUCAAGUGGUCGGGGGUCAACCAUGUCAGCAAUAAGUGACCAUGACGACGGGGAGCAAUGGCCACAGCCUCCUGAAACUGUUGUUGUUUCUGAAUUCAUUCGACAACAUCUUAAGAACUUCAACAAAAGCAGCUUUUGUUCAACGUUAAGUGAUGAAUCUUUACAAGAUAAAAGCCAAGCCUACGGUUUGUCGAGAGGGACAAGUUUUGAUGCUACAGGGACCUAUAAAUCUUUUUAAGGCACAUAUGGUUGAGUUACAUGUCCAAAAAUAUUCUGCAUGUUGCAUGGUAACUCUGCCCGACAGUUUAAUCCUCUGUGUGGGCCUUUAAUUCUUGUUCUUUUGAUAUAGAUAUUGUUCUAGUGUGAAAUACACGCAUGCACCAUUAGAUACGUUAAGUGGGGAAAACACCCUUUCCGUUUAGGGAAAACAGUUUGCUUUCUACCUUGCAUUUUGCUUCUAUUUAUCCAAAGCCUAGACAGGUACAGGAUGUUUUGCCAUCAUUUCUAAGAGCUGGGAAGAGGUCAGUUCCGUAUUCUAAAAUUCUGGGCGUUUCUUGUGACGUCAGGUUAAAUCACAGCAGGACUAACCCGUAGUGUCCCAGUCUAAGUGUUGCAUGGGAUAUGGAGAUGACCCUAGAGUGAUUCUUAUUUAAGAAAUAAAGAAUAGAUUGACAUUUAUAACACGUAUUAUCGUAAGUAUUUAGAAUAAGCGAAGUUAAAAUUAUGCUUGUAUUUGGUUAAAAUCUGAUGCAUAAUAAGGGAGAGUCGUUUACCAAUAUUGGUGCGGAAUUUUAGUGACUAAUGAUUAUUGAUUUAACGUAAAAAAUGUGAAAAUGGUAGUAUUGAAAUAAAGUUUAUCAAUUAGAAAGUACAUUUAUUGUUCCAAAGUUUGUAAAUUUGUUUGCUAGCUUAAAGCAGGUUUUGAAAAAAGUUCUGUGUUAA